GAACGUGAGCAUGGACAGGCUCGGUCAAGCACACCGAUCAUGUCGCUGCAACCUCCAGCUUCCCAUCACCACGCUGCUUGUCUGCCUCGUACAACUACCUCUCCCGGCAAGCCCAUCUCCGUCUUUUGCUUCGCUUCUCCGGCAGACUCAAAUCUCGUCUACUUCGUACAAGCUCCUUCACGACUCGCUUUGCCUGGCAAGACCCAAAAAGGGCCCUCUCCGAUCCCCGUCUCCGACCCAGUCGGCUGCACGUCAGUUUCAUGGUGUGCAGACCACUCGGACCCUGGCACACCAGUGAUGUCAGUCGCCCUGUUAGGUUGAUGACGGCGCAGUGGCGCUUCAAGGAUACGAUACCUGCGCCAGAAAGGCAUGCCGCUGUC